CAACCUCAACCGCGUAGCUUCUACUUUGCCUCACUCUCACCCAUCAUUUUAUAUAAAUCUCUUCUCAUUCUCUACUUCCUCAAUCCAAUCCUCCACUCUUCUCUACAGCUAUUGUGUCUUCGUCAAUUCUGUUCAUAUCAUCAAUUCUAUCAAUGGCCUCUUCUGUUUCUGCUAAUUUCUUUCUCCAUCUACUGUUGUUUGUUUCUCUGUUCCAUUUCAACUUAGCAGCGAGGCUACUCACUCAUUCCACUGAAACCCAACAAAACCUUCUGUUUCAGUACCACAAUGGGCCUCUUCUUACUGGCAAAAUUUCUAUUAAUUUGAUCUGGUAUGGUAAGUUCAAGCCUUCUCAACGCGCAAUUGUCUCUGAUUUCAUUGCCUCCCUUUCUUCUCCUAUGUCCGCCAUAGCCCAACCCUCUGUUGCUACUUGGUGGAAAGCCACCGAGAAAUACUACCAUCUCAUCAAAUCUCAUAAAGGUUCUCCUCUUGCCCUCUCUUUGGGUACCCAGAUCUUAGACGAGAGCUAUUUAUUUGGCAAAUCGCUCUCCAACAAACAAAUUCUUCAAUUAGCGUCAAAGGGUAGCCAAAAAGAUGCUAUUAAUGUGGUUUUGACUUCAGCUGAUGUAGCGGUUGAUGGGUUCUGCUCUUCUAGGUGUGGCACUCAUGGCUCUUCUAUGUCUGCUAAAAAGAUCAAUGGCAAGAACUCCAAAUUUGCGUACAUAUGGGUUGGUAACUCAGAGACUCAAUGUCCGGGUCAAUGUGCUUGGCCGUUCCACCAGCCUAUUUAUGGACCACAGAACCCACCACUGAUUUCCCCCAACAAUGAUGUAGGUCUUGAUGGUCUUGUAAUCAAUUUGGCUAGCCUUUUGGCAGGGACAGCCACCAACCCGUUCGGAAAUGGUUAUUACCAGGGUCCGAAGGAAGCUCCUCUGGAAGCUGCAUCGGCUUGUCCUGGGAUAUAUGGCAAAGGAGCCUAUCCUGGUUAUGCAGGGGAUCUCUUGGUGGACUCAGCAACUGGUGCUAGCUAUAAUGCACAUGGUGCCAAUGGUAGGAAAUACCUGCUUCCUGCUUUGUUUGACCCUUCAACCUCAGCCUGCUCUUCUUUGGUUUAAAGAACACUAGAUAUGCCUCUACUUGUUUGUAGCUUUUAGAUAAUUUAGAGAAAAUUAUUUGAUUCUUUAUAGUAUCAAGUAUUAGCAUCAAAUAGGCAAAAGAAAAUUCUUUGAUUCUUUGUACUUUAUCAAGGAUUAGCAUCAAAUAUGCAAAUUUGUCACCAGAUAAUAUGAAUAAAAUUCAGUUAUUGAUCUUGCAAA